GCUUGUUUUGUUUCAAAGGUUAAUCUUAAAAAUGUGUUUUUUUGGCGAAAAAUACUUAUUUUUUCUAUCUACAAUAACAUUAACAGGCCUUUGUAUUAAUGUGCAGGCGGGACGCCUCCAUCUCUUCCUAGAUGUCUGACUGUGACAUCCGCUCCUCCUGAGCAUCGCACUAAGACUGCAGGAGGAUUAAAAACAUCAUUCCAUGUGUAGUUCAAAGCGGAACUAAAAUCCCAGAGAGAGUUAAUCAACGAGCAGCUAACUGCUGCUGAAGAAACUUUAACGGACUUUUAUAAAAUCAUCGUCCAGUCCGAGGAAGAGAUGGAUGAUCAGCCCAGACUGCUGUUCUCCCGGAUUCCCCUGAUAAUCUUACACCGUAUAGAUUCCCUGAAGUGUAACGUUUAUAACCUGGAGAGGAGAUCCACUCUGGACCAGGAGGAGUUAGAACCUGUGCAGGUGAAACAAGAACAGGAAGAGCCUGAAGAUCAUCAGAUAAAAGUGGAAGAGAAAGAAGUUUACUGCAGUCAGGCUGAAGAACAGAUUGAAUUAAAACAGGAGACUGAUACCUGCAUGUUGGUUCCUGUUGAUGAGCAAACAGACCACACUGAAUCAGAACCAAACAGGAACCAAGUCAUCUUCCAGGGAGCUGCUGAAACUGAGAACCAAAAUCAGGAAAGAAGAAAACGUUUCUCAUGUGACAUCUGUAAAAAGCGUUUUGCUUUCAAAUCUGAUUUUGAUGCUCACAUGAGAACUCAUACGGGUGAAAAGCCGUUUACAUGUAUCAACUGUGGAAAAUGUUUUACUCACAAACAUCAUUUUACUCAUCACAUGAGGAUUCACUCUGGUGAAAAGCUGUUUUCAUGUGUGAACUGUGGAAAACGUUUUAGUCAAAAACAGGAUUUAACUCGGCACGCGAGGAUUCACACAGGUGAAAAGCCGUUUUCAUGUGAAAACUGUGGAAAAAGUUUUAGUCAAAAACAGGAUUUAACUCGGCACAUGAUGAUUCACACUGGUGAAAAGCCGUUUUCAUGUGUGAACUGUGGAGAAAGUUUUAGUGUAAAACAGAGUUUAACUCGGCACGCGAGGAUUCACACAGGUGAAAAGCCAUAUUCAUGUGUGAACUGUGGAAAAAGUUUUAGUCAAAAACAGGAUUUAACUCGGCACAUGAUGAUUCACACUGGUGAAAAGCCGUUUUCAUGUGUGAACUGUGGAAAAAGUUUUAGUCAAAAACAGGAUUUAACUCGGCACAUGAUGAUUCACACUGGUGAAAAGCCGUUUUCAUGUGUGAAUUGUGGAAAACGUUUUAGUCAAAAACGGAUUUUAACUCAGCACAUGAUGAUUCACACUGGUGAAAAGCAGUAGAAGUAUUUUCCAUACAUGUCCUAUGUUGAGGUUCACUAUAGAUCUGAUUUGGUUUAAAACUAGAAUGAAAGACUGGAGGGGUUUCAUGUCUAUAAAGCUGAAAAUUGUUGUAUUUGUUAAAUGUGAUCAUUUGGAUACUUGGAGAUGUGCAACCAUGACACAUUUUCCUUCAUUGAUGUUUUAUUUUUCUGGUAUAUUCUGUAUCAAAAAACAAUAAUGAUAAACUGUAUGUUAUUGUAUUAACAUACUGUUUAUGUCAAACUGUAUGUUGUGUGUGCACAACGUGAAGAGCAGAGGGCUCAGCACACAGCCCUGAGGAGUGCCAGUACUGAUGCUGAUGGAUGAAGAGGCUUGGGGGCCCACUGACUAUUUCAUGCAUUAACAGAGUUUGACCGGACAUGGACUCCCUUCCAGAACAUUCUCACAUGAUUGGACUUGAGGGAUUGAUUUGUAUUAUUCUGUACAAUAGAGAGAGUUAGUGGGGUUUAUUUUAAAAGUUUUUAAAAUCAAAACUAGAAUGUAAAGAAUUGAAUGUUUU